CGGGAAGUAACAACGAAAAGAGGCAACAGAAAAUAAAAUCCACACGGGAGAAAUAAAGAGUAUCUUUCUUUGGAGAGAGUUACAUGGAAGUGAGGGAGCUUGGGGCUUUUACCUCCAGCAGGCUCUCCAUGAAGUUCCUGACCAGUAGACAAAAUGGGCUUCUUUUCCUGGCUUCAGGUCAUAGUGACUACCUGCUGAUGGAGUUGUAUGCUGGAGCAUUGCAGGUGAAAUUAGAACUUGGAUCUGGAGAAGCUGUAUUGCAUUCUCAGACAGGCUUGAAGCUUAACAAUCUUGUUUGGCAUGAUGUUUAUCUUGUGCAUGAGAACAAGACUCUAAGUUUGACUGUAGAUGAACUCUUCACAACUUCGGUGGAGGUGCCUGGCCAUCCUGAUAAGCUGAAUAUCAACAAUGCCCUAUAUGUGGGUGGACUUGGAGAGGCGAAGAUUCCUUAUUUAUCAAGGCAAUCCAGUCAUUUUAGAGGCUGCAUUUCCAAGGCUGAGUUCAAUGAUUAUGACAUGUUAUCCUCACUUGCAUCACAUCCUGAGUAUAGGACUGUUUAUGAGAUAGAGGAUGGAUGUAGUAAUGUAAUUGUAGCGGGAGACAAUUAUCCUACCAACUUUCUAGGGCCAGAAUCCUACAUCUCCUUCCCAAGCUGGAAUGCAAGAGAAGAAGGAACAUUUGAGUGCUUUCUGAAAACAGUGAUUCAACAUGCCCCUUUGCUUUAUCAUGCAGGAUGGCAGACAGAUUUUAUUGUGUUAGAAAUUACAGAUGGUCACCUCCGCGUUUUACUUGACAACGGAAGUGGAAUUGUUGUACUAGAUAAUACUCAUUUUGUUAGUGAUGGAAAAUGGCACAGUGUUAAUCUGUUAUUUAAUAUGAACCAUAUACAAAUUAAAGUAGAUGAUGAAUUAUCUCAAAAGCAACUAACUGACAAUGAGAAGACAUAUCUGGACCUCCGAGGGCACAUGUUCAUUGGUGGAAUAGACAACAAAGCCUCAUUGGAAUUAAUUAAACGUGGACUGUCCUAUAUGUUGGUGGAAAGAACAGUAUCUGGCUCCUUCGUUGGCUGUAUUCAAAAUAUCCGGGUAAACUUAGAGAAGAAAAGUUUGGCAGAUGCAUUAGUCACCAAGGGUAUUGAUACUGUAUGUGAAGAUGAAGAGAGUGAGGGACUGAAGGAAGGCAAGAAUAAAGUGGAAGAUGAGAUUUCAGCAACAGCAAUUCCGAGUUUUUGGGAGGUUCCAACAACUAAUGCACCUUGUUUGCUCAGUAAGAACAUAUCUAAAGUCUUCAGUAAUUUUACUAGGCUAUUAGAUCUGACACCAUUAAUUGUAAAAGAAGGAGGAAUUUCCACCUUGGAGCUCAAUCACAUUCAUCCCACUAUUGAUCUAAGGAGAAUUGGGGUGAGAAAUUCCCAAGUAGUUUUCAAGAUAAUUCAGGAUGCAAGACAUGGGCAUCUGGAACUUAAUAUUCCAGGUGCAAAGAGUAGAAAAGCAUUUACCCUAUUAGAUGUGAUCCACCAUCAUAUAACAUACCAUCAUGACGGAUCUGAAGGGUCACUUGACCAAUUAACAUUUGAAGUAUCUGCUCAUAGCAAACAAGAGAUCCCAAACUGUUUAAGACAGGGUCAACAGUACAUUUUUACUAUCAAGAUAAUCCCUAUCAAUGACCCACCUAAACUAAUCUUCCCAAAUGGAAAUCUUAUGAUGAUUCUUAAAAAUACUUGGAAAACCCUUGGUCCGGAUGUCAUUCGUAUUGUAGAUGCUGACAAUGUUUGUUCUGAGUUAAAAAUUAUUAUAGUCAAUAAAGAAGAUCCAGGUUAUGUUGAAGACAUGAGAAACCCUGGCCAGAGAGUUGGAGAAUUUUCAUGUCAAGAUCUGAAAGUGGGAAAUAUUCGCUAUGUUCACAGUGGAGCCAAAGUUUCUGAAUUAUUGCUUCAGGUCAGUGAUGGAGAAAAAAUAAGCAACCCAACUCCUUUGAGAAUUGUGGCCUUGAAACCUGAUGUGCAAGUGGGCAACAACACUGGUUUAAUUCUUCCACAAGGAGGUGUCAGUCUAAUCACCAUCAGCAAUUUGUCUGUGGAGACAAAUGCAGUCAGGCAGAAGGUGGAUAUUUUGUACAACAUUACUGAGCCAUUAUAUUAUGGUGAGGUGCAGAACCUUGACAAUAACGGGGAAUGGAAACCGGUGAAGAUCUUCCAUCAGGACGAUAUAGAACAGGGCCAUCUUCGAUAUUUCAGCACAGAUCCUGAGUUUCGCAAACAUGACACAACAGAGAAACUUGAGUUUGCAGUGAUAAUUGGACAGAAAAUCCUUGAAAACAAUACAUUUUUUAUAAAAAUAAAGAGGGCCAAAAUAACACUGGUAAGGAUAUCUCCAAAUGAAUUAAAUAAUGUUAGACGAGGAAAGAUUACACAAAAUGAACUGGAAGCUGCAAUAGAAGGCCAUACUAUCCCUGCUGAUCUGUUCAGGUAUGUUAUUUUAAAGUCUCCAGCUAAAGGAAAGUUGCUGGUUCUGGAUGAGGAGCUAAAAGUAGGUUCCACCUUCACCCAGGAGGACUUAAAGCAAGUAGGUCUUACUUAUGAAGCAACAGUUAGAAAUGCUGAAGAAACCCAAGACAGCUUCCAGUUUCAAGUUUUUGUUGGAGACCAACACUCCCCAGUAUAUACUUAUCCAAUAUUGAUUGGCAUUGAUCCAGAGGUACCAAUUUUAAUGAGUAAAUCAUUGGUUGUGGUAGAAGGAGGCAUACAAACCAUCACCAAGGAUCAACUUUUCACCAUAGGUCAGAGCACUACUGCUUUUGUGUAUAAUAUUACUCAGGCUCCUCAGCAUGGGAAACUGUUCACACAGACAGACCUUGAGAAACCUAUCACAAUCUUUACGAAUGACGACAUUCUCCAAGAGAGGUUGAUGUAUAAGCAUGAUGACUCUGAAACUUUAGAAGACAAGAUUGUUUUUGUUGUUGUGGAACAGUCUAAAGAUGAUGAACCUGAAGCAGAUGUGAUUCUUGGCACACUGAAGAUUUUAAUAAGACCAACAAAUGACCAGCCACCAGUUCGAGUGGUGAACAAGACAUUUAAUGUGACAUUAAAUGGGCAACAUUUGCUAACCACAGCUGAACUUCGUUUUCAUGAUGCAGACUCGAAUUUUGAUGAUUCCCAAUUGAUUUAUACCAAAUGGGGGAUCUCCAAUGGUAAUAUUGUCUCUGCAGAUGACACUGCCCAUGAACUCUCCCGUUUUAGUCAGGAUGAUAUGGAAAAGAAGCGUGUGCUGUUUAAACAUCAUGGAGCUCAUCGAGGAACUUUCCAGUUACAGGUGUCUGAUGGUGUGCAUCAAACUAUGACUGUCUUGGAAGUGCAUGCAUUAGAUCCGUUUCUGAGAAUAGUCAAUAAUUCCACGUUCUUAGUUCAUCAAGGACAAGAGUCACCUAUCCUUGGCUAUCUUCUUGGUGUGGAGUCCAAUAUGGACAUUUGGAGUGAAGAGGAAAUAGUAUACCGAGUAACAUUUCCACCUAGUCAUGGAGAAAUUCUAGUAAGUGGUGAGCUGGAUCAUUCUUUCUCGCAGAAAGAUAUAAACGACGGCCUCGUGGUCUAUCGUCAUGACAACAGCAGGCAUUCAAGAGACUCUUUUAACUUUGUGGUUGAAGUGAAAGAGGUCAAAGCAAAAGGAACUUUUCCCAUUUUAAUUUUCAAGGAAAGUCACCGGCACCCACCGAUCGUGGUCCACAAUAAAAAGCUCUUUGUGGACCAAGGAGAAGCAAAGAAAAUUUGGGAUGAACAACUCCUUGUCUUUCACAACGAUAGUGUUCCAUCAGAUUUGAUCUACUCUGUGAAAGCUGCUCCUGUGAAUGGUCAGUUGGUCAUGGUGACUGAGAGCCUGACCGGCCAACAGGAACCCCUCAAGUCAUUUUCCCAGGAUGAUAUAAAUGGAGGAAGAGUUCAGUAUGUUAAUUCUAGAUUCAGCCCUCAGGGGGAUGCAUUCAUUCUCGACGUGUCCAAUGGAUUUAAGACGGUGGAUGGUCUCACAGUACUGGUAGAACUCAUUCCUGAUGUAAUUCUCUUGGUGACACAGAAUAUCUCAGUGAGAGAAGGUGAUGCACAGGCCCUCACCGGAGAUAUCCUAAAUAUUUCCAAUUACCUUACCUCUUUGAAUUUCGAAUUUUAUGUUACCAAAGUCCCUAAGCAUGGCAGAAUUGGACACCAAAGAUUUCCUGAAGACAGUGUUUCUUCUUUUACUAUGGGAGCGGUCAAGGAAGAAGCAGUGUUUUAUUUCCAUGACAACAGUGAAACGUUGAUGGACAGCUUCACUAUAAUUGCUAACAUUUCAGAGAUUGGCAGACAGAGUGAGCCAAUGUCAGUGACUGUGACUGUGAUCCCCAUUAAUGACGAGGCUCCUGUUGUUACCAUUAAUACUGAACUGAAGAUAUGGGAAGACAGCAAUGCUGAGAUUUCACAGGAUUUACUGAACAGUGAGGACCCAGAUUCCCCUGCAGAAGAAUUAGUUUAUUCCAUCAAGCCUCCAUCAAAUGGCCAUGUGGCUCUGAAAUCAUUGUUGGAUGACAGCAUUCUGGAGUUUACCCAGGCACAGAUCAACAACAGACAGAUCACCUUUGUGCAUCAUGGAUCAUUGUCUGGAGGAUUCAGCUUUGAGGUGUCUGAUGGAAUGAAUCGCACACCUACACAGCUAUUUACAGUCAGCGCUAGACACUUAAAUAUCCUGAUUGAAACAGAGGAGCCUCUUGUUAUUUAUCCAGGAACACGCCAGCCAAUCACAAGCCAACAUCUGAAAGCGAGGACCAGUGAUGAUAGCAAAACAAACAAUCGACCAAUCAUAUACACAAUAGUGAUUCCUCCAGCACUGGGACAGCUAAUCAGGGUCCAAGAAGGCAACGUAAUCAGGAAAGUUUCCAACUUCACCGAGAGAGAUCUGGAAGCUGCGAAUGUUUUCUACCAACAUAAUAGGCCUAAGGACCCCUUUUGGAAAUCUCAGGACUCAUUCCAGUUCACAGUUUCCUGUCCCCCAGCAGUUACGGAAAGACAGACCCUGAUGCUAUGGAUCUCCUUUGAAAACCGUAGUCAUGAACAAGGCACUCAGCUGUGGUACAAUAAAGGUCUUGUACUACCUGAAGGUCAAAGUGCAGCAAUUGACCAGUCAAUGCUGGAUGCUUCGAAUCUUCUGGCCAGUGUGCCAAAACCUCAGCAGUCCGCCUAUCAUGUGAUAUUUGAGGUGACCAUGCAACCUAUCCAUGGCUUUCUCUCCUUAGCUGAUGUGCGCAAGGUGCAGCACUUUACGCAGUCUGAUUUGUUUGAUUCUGUGCUACAGUAUACACACAACAGGGUCGGGGCAUUAACAGAUAGCUUCACAUUUCGAGUCUGGUUGAGUCCAAGGAGAAAGUCAUUUUCACAUCCUGCGGAUGAUGGAUCUGUUAUUGUUAUUUCUGAGCUCUUCAAUAUAACUGUGGUGCCAGUGAAGGAUCAUCCUCCACGGAUUGUAACUACUGGACUCACCCUGCAUGUCCUGCAAGGCUCCAGCUUUGUGCUGACACAAGAUCACAUGAACACUGUUGACUUUGAUAACUUACCAGAAGAAAUUCUGUACAGUAUCGUCACAGGACCAGACAAUGGUUUCUUUGUGAAUCAGGUUAAUGACAGCACUGUCGUAAAGCAAUUCACACAGGCGGAUAUCAAUGCUGGCAGAGUGCUAUUCAAAGCAGCUGGGCAGGCAGCUUCUGGCCUGUUCCAGUUCAGUGUCUCCGAUGGGAAAUAUUCAGCAGUUGGGGGGUUUGUCACUAUUGAAGUUACGCCAGUGACUGUUAAUAUGAUCCACAACAAAGAAAUUGUAUUACUGCAGGGUAAUGCGUCAGUGCCGAUAACCAGAGAGGAACUCCUAAUAGACACCAAAGAAAAUGAUGUUAUACUCUAUAAGAUAAUCCAACAACCAAAGUAUGGAAAAAUAAUUGUAAACCAGUCUGUUGUGACCGAGUUCUUGCAGAAACACAUUGAUAAUGGAGAGCUAAAAUACUACAUGAAAGAUUUUUCUGUUUAUCGAGAUAGCUUCCAUUUCUGUGCAGUGACCCGUGAGGGCAAUUUAUCAGGUACCGUGAAUGUUACUGUGCAGCCCCUGGUAAGGGUAGCCCGGGAUGUGUCCUGGCCCAGAAGUACCACCAUUCUGAUUGACACAGAUGUUUUGGAUGCUAGUGAUCUGGCCAAGAAAACCCAGAGCAUUCCUUCCUUCCACAUCAUUCAACAGCCCAAAGCUGGAAAACUAAUCAAACUGCAGAAACAGAAUGGAAGUCAAAACCAGCCCAGAAGUAACUUUACCCAAGCUGAUCUAGAAGAUGGAAGUGUGGCAAUGGAAGUUUUUGAUUAUGAUGAAGCUAGCCCUUACUCUGACAUUGAUGGCUUCCAAUUUCUCCUGAAAGCUGAUGGAGUGCCACCUGGCAUUGGUACUUUUGAAUUUAGGACUAUCCCAUAUAUACCCACUCAUCAUUACAAUGCUACACUGCUUGAAGUCCCCUCCUUGAUUCAGAUUAAGUUACCAAAUUCGAACAUCAGCCCUACAGUCCAGAAAGGUGAUGAAAUGGACAUAUAUUCAUCGACUGUAACUUGGGAUCCCUAUGAAAUUGUUAGAAGAGGCAAUAUACCAACAUCAGACAAUGUAGUCACAGGAUUCGAACCAACAGCAAGCAAUGAGAAGGUUCUUACAUCAGGGAAUAAUCUUACAGUUAUUAUUAUUGCUAUCAUCCUUAUUGUUUUGCUGUUGCUAAUUGCUGUAAUAAUUGCAAUUUAUCUGACAAAACGCAACAAAACAGGAAAGCAUAAUGUGCAGAUGCCUCCAUCGAAACCCAAGAAUGGCACUGUGGAGAAGGAGACCUUUAGGAAGACAGAUCAAGUUCAGUCUGUUCCUCUAGUGAAUGUCAGGCCACUAAACGGCACAGAAACACAAUCCAACAGUGGGCAUGUUAACCCUGACAACAACCAGUUCUGCAGGACAAGCAAUCCUACUCUGAAAACCAAUCAGUACUGGGUGUGAUCUCUGCACUGGCUCACCCACUUUACCGUCCCAGUCCAGGAUGGUGCUUCAAGUGAGUUAUCACACCAUAUCAGCACCUUAUGUACCAGAGGCAAUAACAUUUUCACAAGGUCUCUGCUUUAACAACACAAUAGAGAACAUUCUCGAACUUCAUCUGAAAGAAGAAACAUCCCCAAUUGGAUGGGAAUCCUGACUCAUCUGACUGUCCACUUGGAGGCUAGUGGCUUGUAAGGUCAUUUUGCAAACCAGUCCCUUAUUGGCUCCAAGAGAUGACUCAUUCCACAAUUCAAAAAUAUAUUAAAAAAAAACUGGUUUUAAAAAAGAACACACCAAGAUAAUAUUUAUUCCAACUGCAUCAGCUCUUAUGGGUUGUGGUAUCGUCAUUACUGACUCUUGCUGGUGGAGAGAGAGGGACAGACAGACACAAGUAUUCAGACAGACCACAAUGAGGAUGUUGGAGUUGGGUUGUGUUUGCAUCAGCCUGCAAUAUGAUUAUUGCAGUUUUGAUUAACAGGACCAAAGGUUAUUUAAUAGAACAUUGCUCUGGUUCUGAAUAUUUUCUACACUGUAACAAGAAACACAGACAUAUUCACACAGCCACACUGUCCCUACAGAACCUGUGAAAAUAACACUAUCUAUUUCACUCAAGACCAUGAAAGGCUGAUGAGAUUCCCAGUGGCAACCAUAUUGGUUCUGAUUGUUUCACAGUGUUAAACAGGAGUUGGCAUGUUUGCUGUAGAUUUUUGAUUGAGUUGAUGAUUAUUUAAUUCUUGGUACAAUGCAGUCCUGUUCUGAUUUUAAUGAAGGACAGCAAUAAAACAGCACCUGCAAAAUAACACCCCAAUUCUCCCACUAAGCCAUCUUCAGUUUUCGUUGCCUUCCUAAGUUAGACUGCCACUCAUAUUACAUUGAUCACCACCUUUUCUGACUCCCAUGUCAGCUGAUAUGUUUCCUUUUCCUUAGACAUUAUCCCCUUCUUUUUCAACAUGGCCCCUUCCUCAAAAAAAACAACCCUUGACCUUACUAUCCCCCUCUCCAACCGGCCCAGAUUGUGCACUCAAUGAUAAGUAAAGAUAUUAAAGGCAAACUUUCUUCAGUCGGAGCCCACACUCAAUGUAACAGCAUUCACCAUUCUGAAUGUUAAAACUAAUCUUCAAUAAAAAGCUAAUAAUUGCUAAUAAUUCUAAUUCUUUGUUAAGAGUCUAGAAAACAGCCAUUGUUAUCUGUCAAAAAGCUGACUAAAAUUAACAUAACCACAGAAGAAGGGAUUCCUGUUCUUCCAUGACAUAACAGCAAGUACGGUGGGUCCCAUCAAUCAGAAUUCCCGCUCUAGGUGAAAAUUGAAUCUUGUGUUCCAUUGAAUCCAGUGAGCCAAGAAUUCUAGAAGCUCGUGAGCUCUUCCAAGAGCAGACUGGGACAAACAAAGGGAAUUUUAGUGUAAAUUCAAACCAGUAAUGAAUACCCAAGCACAGGUUGUAUGAAAUUGGCAAACACAAUGUAAAUUUCUUAUGCUGGAUAUAAUAAAAAUAAUGGUUCUUGCA